AUGGAAGCACCUCAGAACACCGCGGGCGCGGCUCAUGCAAUGGAACUCCCUUCAUUGUCUGUUUUUGUCUAUUUCCUCUCGGAACGCAAACUCAAACAAUGCCCAGCGUCGCAAGCAUUCCUAUUUGCUGGACUUGAGAAUCUCUUCCCAAACAUCGAGCAAGAGUGCGAACGGUCUAAAAUCAAAGUCUUGCCUGCGCGGCCCCGAUUCAGUAUCUCUGGCGCUAUUUGGAGACCCCCGCCUAAGAAUAGCUUGUAUAAGACAAUGUACACGGCCCGCCAUUCGCUCGAGACGUUUAUUCGGCGGCUCGUUCUUGAUCACGACGCGUACCCCGACAUCGAAUUUGCGGCCGGGACGGUCAUCGAUGUUCUUGCAGACGCGGCGGACCCGUCCCGGCUGGGGAAAGCCGUGAUUCGAUUAGACACGGGGAUGGUGCAAGAGGUGCCGGCAGUCUUGAUAGCAGACUGUACCGGCCCCCGCACGGGCCGGUGCCAAAUGGCUCGCUCGCCACGGUUACGGCGGGGCUUUGGACAGCCUGAAGCUCUGUUUUGA